AUGGGGCUAAAUGUGACCACCUCGGCCUCGGCCCCUGCCCCCCUGCCUCCAGCCCCUGCCCCCCUGCCUCCAGCCCCUGCCCCCCUGCCUCCAGCCCCUGCCCCCCUGCCUCCAGCCCCUGCCCCCCUGCCUCCAGCCCCUGCCCCCCUGCCUCCAGCCCCUGCCCCCCUGCCUCCAGCCCCUGGCCCCCCUGCCUCCAGCCCCUGCCCCCCUGCCUCCAGCCCCUGGCCCCCUGCCUCCAGCCCCUGCCCCCCUGCCUCCAGCCCCUGCCCCCUGCCUCCAGCCCCCCCUGCCUCCAGCCCCUGCCCCCCUGCCUCCAGCCCCUGCCCCCCUGCCUCCAGCCCCUGGCCCCCCUGCCUCCAGCCCCUGCCCCCCUGCCUCCAGCCCCUGGCCCCCCUGCCUCCAGCCCCUGCCCCCCUGCCUCCAGCCCCUGCCCCCCUGCCUCAAGCCCCUGCCCCCCUGCCUCCAGCCCCUGCCCCCCUGCCUCCAGCCCCUGCCCCCCUGCCUCCAGCCCCUGCCCCCCUGCCUCCAGCCCCUGCCCCCCUGCCUCCAGCCCCUGCCCCCCUGCCUCCAGCCCCUGCCCCCCUGCCUCCAGCCCCUGCCCCCCUGCCUCCAGCCCCUGGCCCCCCUGCCUCCAGCCCCUGCCCCCCUGCCUCCAGCCCCUGGCCCCCUGCCUCCAGCCCCUGCCCCCCUGCCUCCAGCCCCUGCCCCCUGCCUCCAGCCCCCCCUGCCUCCAGCCCCUGCCCCCCUGCCUCCAGCCCCUGCCCCCCUGCCUCCAGCCCCUGGCCCCCCUGCCUCCAGCCCCUGCCCCCCUGCCUCCAGCCCCUGGCCCCCCUGCCUCCAGCCCCUGCCCCCCUGCCUCCAGCCCCUGCCCCCCUGCCUCCAGCCCCUGCCCCCCUGCCUCCAGCCCCUGCCCCCCUGCCUCCAGCCCCUGCCCCCCUGCCUCCAGCCCCUGCCCCCCUGCCUCCAGCCCCUGCCCCCCUGCCUCCAGCCCCUGCCCCCCUGCCUACAGCCCCUGCCCCCCUGCCUCCAGCCCCUGCCCCCCUGCCUCCAGCCCCUGCCCCCCUGCCUCCAGCCCCUGCCCCCCUGCCUCCAGCCCCUGGCCCCCCUGCCUCCAGCCCCUGCCCCCCUGCCUCCAGCCCCUGCCCCCCUGCCUCCAGCCCCUGCCCCCCUGCCUCCAGCCCCUGGCCCCCCUGCCUCCAGCCCCUGCCCCCCUGCAUCCAGCCCCUGGCCCCCCUGCCUCCAGCCCCUGCCCCCCUGCCUCCAGCCCCUGGCCCCCUGCCUCCAGCCCCUGCCCCCCUGCCUCCAGCCCCUGCCCCCUGCCUCCAGCCCCUGCCCCCCUGCCUCCAGCCCCUGCCCCCCUGCCUCCAGCCCCUGCCCCCCUGCCUCCAGCCCCUGGCCCCCCUGCCUCCAGCCCCUGCCCCCCUGCCUCCAGCCCCUGGCCCCCCUGCCUCCAGCCCCUGCCCCCCUGCCUCCAGCCCCUGCCCCCCUGCCUCCAGCCCCUGCCCCCUGCCUCCAGCCCCUGCCCCCCUGCCUCCAGCCCCUGGCCCCCCUGCCUCCAGCCCCUGCCCCCCUGCCUCCAGCCCCUGGCCCCCUGCCUCCAGCCCCUGCCCCCCUGCCUCCAGCCCCUGCCCCCUGCCUCCAGCCCCCCCUGCCUCCAGCCCCUGCCCCCCUGCCUCCAGCCCCUGCCCCCCUGCCUCCAGCCCCUGGCCCCCCUGCCUCCAGCCCCUGCCCCCCUGCCUCCAGCCCCUGCCCCCCUGCCUCCAGCACAUUCCUGUCCCGCGCUGCUACCUCGGAUGCUCCUGUACCAGCGCCUCCCGAUGCGCAGCUGUGGCUCUUGCUCCCGACUCUGUCCGCUCCGGCGACACCUGCCGUGGCUUCUACGACCGCUCCGGCGCCUAA